UCAACCAGAAAGCUCUGAAGAGGCCUGGCAAUAAGAUCAGGAUUAUGCAGAAGAUACAAGAGAUGAAGCUGAAAGAAAAAGUACUCCUGAAGGGCUCCACUCGGUAUAAGAACAAUGAAACCAUUCAUCAGAGAGUGAAGAAGUAUUUUAAAAUGCUAUGUCCUCAUCGAGAGAAUUUCAGUAUUUCUAAGGCUCUUCAAUCCCAAAGAAAUGAAAUCAGUGAAUAUAGCAAAGGAGAAUACUCCCAUGAUGAAGGAAACCCUUCUUGGAAAAACAACACCAGCUUAAGGAAUGGACGAAGCUACUUCUUAAGAGCACGGAAAUUUUCUCAACCAGAAAACUCCUCAAAGAGGAGUAUGAGGUCUUUAAGCGACAAGAGCAACUCUGUUAAGAAGAUAGUGCCCUCUACUAUCACCCAGUGUGGUGCUCCCUCCUCUAAAGCUAACUCGAAAGGGUUUAGUAAGAAGCCAAAUAAGGCUAGAAGGAUUACCAAUAUAUCAACGGACAAAACAGUUUACCCAUUAAAUCAAAGGUUUAAGUCUGUCGCACCAGCUAGUAAAAACAAGAACCCUAACUUAAUCGGUAAAAGAAGGAUCGUAUUUCGAAAGAACAAGAAAAGCCAUGAGAAAUUACCCAAGAUUUCCCUCCAGAAGGAAAGUAAACUUAACCAAAGCGAUAGCUUGGUAAUCUCUCCUGCUGAGAAACUUGACUAUAAUGAUUCAGAUUUUGAAAUCAAAAAGAUUAAGCCUAUAAAGGAAGAGAGACUUAGAGAAAGCACUGAAAAGAGUCUAUCUGCACCAAUGCUUCUAAAAGAACCCGACAAGAAACCUGCUGAAAAUAAGAUGAAAAAUAUAUUAGACCGGCUUUUUGCUAAAAACUAUGAAACUGGUGAAAAGAGUGACGUUGGCAGUUACGAAGAAAGCCGGCGAAGGAGUAAUCCUAGCUACUCUCAAACAGGAGGUUCAAGGGCAGGUAGUAAGUCUAAUUUGAGGAAGCCAAGUAUAAACAUCCUCAUAUCAAAUUCAAGACAGAAGGGCACAAGGAUGGAUGGAAUCGGAAGUCUAGAGUUAGGACGGAAGUAUACCAGCGCUUUUAACACCCCAGCAAAGAUAUCUAGCACAAAAGAUAAGUAUGCAUAUCAUCACAAGAGAACAAUUUUGAACCCAAAUUUGGUAUUAAAGAAGUCUAAAAAGAGCGAACUUGCCAUUAAUGACGUUGGGAUUUUGAAGUAUUUGAACAAGGACCAAAAAUAGGCUAAAUUUCAACCUAAAAUUACAAAAAU